UAAGCACAGUAUAUAUAUAUAUAUAGUAGUAGUGAGUAUGUAAAGCAGGAUUUCACGGUUCUUAUACACAAGUACUUGCACAGCAGCCAAACACACUGGCAGUACCACGGUGCCCUGCAGAAUUAUAUGGGGGCCCUACUCCAACAUCCCCAGGGGCCCCUCCUUGACUUGUGUUGGGUUUUACUGCUCCCAGGGGCCACAAGGACCCAUAGCUAAAGAAAGCAGAGGAUGAAUGGGCGGGUACCAGGGCCACACUGGGGGCGGGGCUGUGCAGGUAUGAAGGUGAGACACAGACACGCCCCUCUGUUGGGGAGAAGUCUCCUGGGACUGGCUCGUGUCACACAACUACUUCUCUCUGCGCGGGGCACAAUGGGGCUGAGGAUUUGCAAGAGGAUCUGCUGCCCCUGCUCCACCUGUCAGGGCACUGAGCGAGACUACUGGGCACGGGGCCCCUCAUCCAAAUUGUGCCAGGGACAACCUGGGCAUCUCCCACCCUCGCUGCCACACACAGGUGAGAAGGGGCAGGGGGCACAGAGGAAGGAGGCGACACAUAAAGGCACAACAGGGGCUGUUCUGGCCUGGAGGCCACAUACGGCCACAGAUGGGCACAAGGGGGCAUGCAGGGGGCAAGGACUGGAUAACCUGGGCUUCCAUCCCCCAGACAAAACAAAUAAUGGUAUAAGGAUGGAAACCUCCACUGAGCCCCACAUUAUCCAGCUGCCCCUAAAUCCAUCUCCUGAGGAACCCAGAGCCCCAGUGAGAAUCAGUCCCAAUAUGGCAGCUCCAUCUCUGAGUAGAGCCAACAAGGUCUCCAUGUACAACUACACCAUUGGCUCAGCGGGGGGGGAUGUGGAGGUGCAGAGAGGGGACCGGCUGGAGGUCAUUGACACCAACAGGGACUGGGCCUUUGUACAGUGGAUGAAUGAGAGGGGCCUGACCCAAACCGGAUACAUCCCCAACAGUUUCCUGGCCGACACAGGGAGUCUGGAAGCUGAGGACUGGUACUUCGGGUGCAUAAAGAAAAUGGAUGCCAAGCGGUACCUCCUGCAGGAACCAAACAGCUCCGGCUCAUUCCUGGUCUGGAACAAUGAAGACUCUGCCUGUUAUUAUCUGUCUGUGCGUGUGGAUGAGAAAGUGCGACAUUACAGGAUCUCUCAGUCCAAGGGGGCAUUUUAUCUGGUGGAACGGGCGGAGUUUCAGACCCUGCAGAGCCUGGUGGAAUAUUAUCAGCAGCAGAGCGAUGGGCUGUGCACUCGACUGGACAAACCCUGUCUGCGGUUGGACGAACCCAGUAUUCCCAGUCUCUCCCACACGACUGUCGAUCAGCUGGAAAUCAGCCCCAACUCCAUCGAGAGGAUCAAACAAUUGGGCAGAGGAAGCUUCGGCCUCGUUUGGCUCGGGAAAUGGAACGGCACCACCAAGGUGGCAGUUAAGGAACUACAAGUCACAGCACAGUCGUUACAACAGUCUCUAUAUGGAGAAGCAGACACAAUGUGGAAGUUGAGUCAUGAGAGGCUACUGAAGUUAUAUGCCGUGUGCCUCCAGACUAACCCCGUGUUCAUUGUCACUGAGUACAUGGAGAAGGGGACACUGAAGAGAUAUCUCAGAGCUCAUCAGCACAACCGGGACCUGGAACUGCAGCAACUGAUGGAUUUCGCUGUACAGAUUUGCCAGGGGAUGGAUUACAUGGAGCAGAAUCUUUGUGUUCACCGAGACCUGAGAGCUGAGAAUAUUCUGCUUUCCGCCAUGUUGUCCUGUAAGAUUGGAGACUUUGGAUUGGCUCGUUUCAUGAACAGCUCAUCUAUUGCCAUAUCCGCAGAUGCUAAGAUCCCUAUUAAGUGGAUGGCACCAGAAGUUUUCUUGGAGGAAAAGUAUUCCAGUAAAUUGGAUGUGUGGUCGUUCGGAGUGUUACUGGUGGAGAUUAUCACCUAUGGGAAGAUGCCUUUUCCAGAGAAAACCAAUGAGCAGUACGUCAGGGAACUGAUGGGUGGGGGGACCCUGCAGCCCCCCAGUGACUCUCCAGAAAAUGUCUCCUACAUUAUGAACAUGUGUUGGAGGAGAGAAUCUCCCACCAGACCCUCGUUUGCUGAGCUGGAGCGUCUCAUCAUGGACCUGCUGACAUUUAGUGAAGAUGUGGUAGAGUAACUGUCACUUAUGGGACAAUGGCCAUUUGGACACCACAUGAUACUAAAGCUGAGCCUGGGUCGGGACAUUAAACUGAGCCUGGGCCGGGAGCUUAAACUGAGGCUGGGCUGGGAACUUAACAUGGCAUGGGUGCCUUAAUACAAGGAAAUUAGCCUUUCUCAGAAGCCAAUGACUCCUCCAUUUCUGAGUGGCCCUGGAGGAACCGGGACCCGACAUCAUAAUGAGCCAAACUGCACACAUGGGGGUAACUGUGGCUUCCUACCCCUCUUUGUAGCCCCAAUAGUAGCCCCAAUAUCCUGCAAGAGGUUGCUAAUAAAGGGAUCAGUUAUGGAAACCUUGUCCCUGCCCUGGCUUCUUCCUAUUGGUUGCUAAGCACACUAACUGCAUUCAGCCAAUUAAUCACUAUGUGGGGGCGGGACCAUAUGAGAUGAAAGUACCAACCCACUGUUUAUUGGCUUUUCAGAAUUUCAGAUUUCAGACCCAUUCCCUUCGUUGUGAGCAGAGAGGCGGAUGUAGCGGAAAUGCUGAAAGUUAUUGGUUGGAUUUAGGGCAAAGACCAGGGGUGCUUCACCAAUGAGGCGACUUGAGACUGUUAACUCAGGCGGCAGCGCCCCACUAGGUACCAGGGGCGGC